ACUCCAUCAGCAAGAAGAACCGGGCAGUUACGAUCCGCGCCCCCCACUCCGCCCGCCCCACGAAAAACCCGGGCCCACCGCGCCCCCUGCCGCGCCGCCGGUCGCAUUGCAGCUUCCGGACCUCCUGCGUUUCUCAUCAGCAACUUCCGUUUCCGAAGGUCCCGGCUCCGUGGCUUGCCGAGGUCCUCGCCACGGAAAGGUGGCCGCGCCAAACGCCUGAGCCCUGCGAAGGCCUGGGACCAGGACUGCUGCCUCCUCUAGGUGGGCGGCUGCGACAGGGGCGCUGAGAGGAUGCCCGAUGCCGGCGGGACGUCGUCCCAAAAGCGGAGUCGGGGGCGGAGCGCCCGCUGGCAGCCCGUCAGGCAGGCAGGCGUCAGGCCGGCCCGCGGGCGGAAGAACGGGGCGGGCGUCCGGAGCGGAGUCGUCUAGGAAGCCGCGGUCCCGGGUCAGCCGGCGGGGAGGAGCUGCUGAGACCCAGCCAGACCGCAGGGACGCGGACCCGGACGCCGGCGAGAUGCCACUGUUCACCGCCAACCCCUUCGAGCAGGACGUGGAAAAAGCCACGAAUGAGUACAACACCACAGAAGAUUGGAGUCUUAUUAUGGACAUAUGUGACAAAGUUGGAAGCACUCCUAAUGGAGCAAAAGAUUGCCUGAAAGCCAUAAUGAAAAGAGUAAAUCAUAAGGUUCCUCACGUUGCUCUGCAGGCGUUAACUCUUCUUGGGGCUUGUGUGGCAAACUGUGGAAAGAUAUUUCACCUAGAAGUAUGUUCCCGUGAUUUUGCAACAGAAGUACGUGCUGUGAUAAAAAAUAAGGCUCACCCAAAAGUAUGUGAAAAACUGAAAUCUUUGAUGGUAGAGUGGUCAGAAGAAUUUCAAAAGGACCCUCAGUUUAGUCUUAUAUCUGCAACUAUUAAAUCUAUGAAAGAAGAAGGAAUUACUUUUCCUUUAGCAGGAUCACAGACUUCCUCAGCUGCUGCCAAGAAUGGUACGUCAUCAGACAAAACCAGAGAAGAUGAAGACAUAGCUAAAGCUAUUGAAUUAUCAUUGCAAGAACAGAAGCAGCAACACACAGAGACAAAAUCCUUGUAUCCAGCUGCAGAAAUUCAGUUAAAUAAUAAGGUUGCACGGAAAGUGAGAGCCUUAUAUGAUUUUGAAGCCGUUGAGGACAAUGAACUCACCUUUAAACAUGGUGAAAUCAUUAUUGUUUUGGAUGACAGUGAUGCCAAUUGGUGGAGAGGAGAAAAUCACAGAGGAAUAGGACUCUUUCCAUCUAAUUUUGUCACAUCUAAUUUAAACAUAGAAUCUGAGGCAGCAGCUGUGGACAAAUUGAAUGUAAUUGAUGAUGAUGUGGAGGAAAUUAAGAAAUCAGAGCCUGAGCCUGUUUAUAUAGAUGAGGAUAAGAUGGAUAGAGCACUGCGGGUACUCCAGAGUAUAGAUCCGACAGACUCAAGACCUGACUCCCAAGACCUCUUGGACUUAGAAGAUACCUGCCAGCAGAUGGGUCCAAUGAUAGAUGAAAAACUUGAAGAAAUUGAUAGGAAACAUUCCGAGUUGUCUGAAUUGAAUGUGAAAGUGUUGGAAGCUCUGGAACUGUAUAACAGAUUGGUGAAUGAAGCACCACUGUAUUCAGUCUACUCAAAGCUCCAUCCUCCAGCACAUUACCCACCUACGUCAGCUGCAGUCCCAAUGCAGGCAUAUCCGGUUCAGCCACAUGGAGGAAACUACAUGGAUCAGAGCAUUCACCAGGUGACUGCUGCCCACAGCUACAGCCUAGGACCAGAUCAGAUCAGUUCCUUGCGAUCUCUGCCUCCAAAUGUGAAUUCCUCAGUAGCAACACAAACUGCUCAAACUCCGUAUUUAAGCACUGGACAAGACACUGCUUCCAAUCCUACCUAUAUGAACCAGAACUCUAACCUUCAAUCAGCUCCUGGCUCAGCUGCGUACACCCAGCAAGUGGGGAUGUCUGUGGAUAUGUCAUCCUACCAGAACGCUACCUCCAGCUUGCCACAGCUGGCGGCCUUUCCUGUGGCGGCCCCAGCUCAUUCAGUUGCACAGCAGCAAACAAAUUACCAUCAGCAGCCUCUCCUUUAGAAACAAACCAAGCAUUUUCACAAAGCCUUCAUAAGUGUGUAACUCAUAACCUUUGUGAUUCUGACCUGAAAACACUGAAAGAAAACUUCCUCUCAACUUAGAAAGACCAUGAGUAAAUAAAGCACAAGGCUUAUCUUCAUUACAAGGCCAUAAAAGAUUUUUUUCAGUCCAGUUUGUUUGAAGUCGAUCUUUUUUUAAGUCAGUCGUUUGACCAGAGGCAGGUUAAAGAUUCUUCCAGUUAGUUUUGUCUUACUUUCAAAUCUUCACAUAAGUCUGGUUACCCAAUAGGUAGCUUUGUGACACUAAACAGUAUGAGAGGAGUGUAGCCAUAUUUUAAGAAACCACCGUUUCUCCCUAAAAUGUCAUUAUAAGGGCAUUGAAGGCCUUUAAAUAUUUUUUGUCUGCAUAUUUGUUUCACUUACUAUGAUUUUAAAAGAUGAACAUCUUUUUGUGUAAUAGUUUAGCUUGCCAACAUAGUUCCUUUUGGCUCCUUAAAUUGCAGUUGUGUUUGUGGUACUGUCAGUUUUGUUCUCAUUGCUGUGUUGAGUAAUAAUUAGCAUAUAAUUGUCUACAGAAGCAAGAGCUAUUUGGAAGGAACAAAAAUGUUUUCUGUAAAUGCAGAUGCGGGAUCCAGCACUUAGCCAGCCCCCAGUUAUGCUGAUGGUGGCUAAGGAAUGCCCCUCCCCACGUUUCCGGUAGCUGGGGGAACGCAUUUCCUUCUCUACAAGCAUCCCUGGUAUUUAGAGUUGCUACUGAUGACCUCUUCAGGUGACUCUGGCUGUUCUCUAAUGACGAUGUGGUCCAUUUGUUUUCCUUCCUGCAGUGUGGUGUGCACAGAUGCUGCCUUUCCUCCGGGAUUAUAUGUGACUUUGAGCCACGAAACGUUCCUAAUAAUUUGGUGUGAUAUAUACCACGCAUGAUGAGUGUGAUUAUAUUGACUUGUUAUUUCUUUAAAGAAGCAAAUCAAGUAACAUUGCUAAUCUGCCAACAUUCCAAGCUAUUGAAAAAAUUGUCCAAUCCUUUCAGAAGUAAUUCUGAGCUUCUGGAGUAGUAGCAGGUGAUGGAUUGCUAGAAGGCGGUGGAGUGAGGCAGUUUUUUGAAGCUCACGCUUUAAAUUCAUUCAUAGUACGAAUAGAUUCCACAUACUGUAGGAGUUAGUGAUAAUGCGUAGAGAUUGUUUUCUCUCAUUAAAAAAAAAAAAAGAUUCAUUUUAUUUAUUUGAAAAGCAGAGAGUUUCAGAGAGAAUGACAGAGCGAUCUUCCAUUUGCUGGUUCAUUCUCCAAACGACUGCAAGAGCCAGAGCUGGGCCAUGCUGAAGCCAGGAGCCAGGAAUUCCAUGCAGGUUUUCCAAAUGGUACUUUGGGCCAUCUUCCGUUGCCUUCCCAGGUACAUUAGCAGGGAGCUAGAUCUGAAGUGGGGUAGCCAUUGCCCAUAAGGAAUGCCAUCAUUGCAGGUGGUAUUGUAACUGCUGUGCCAUGACACUGGCCCUGUUCUCUCUCAAAAAUUUGCACAUCACUUCAUCAUCUACCAACUUUUCAUAUGACACAAGUCAGGAAAUGCAAACAUGUUUAUGGAUACAUGAUAUUUAGAGAAUGGACAUUAAGUUUAGUUUUGGAAAAUUGCAACUUCUCUUGGAAGCAAAAUUUCUAUAUUUUGUUUUUUUAAGAAAGUACUUAAUGUUUCUACUAAGAAUACAUUUGAAGGCAGUUCUGGAAGCUUUGUUGUUCAUGUGUUUAUAGCAGUUUGAUUGAAAAUACACUCCUUUUUCAGAGAAACUUUACCAUUGAAUAGAAUACUAAGUGUAAUACUUGGUCCAUGUUUAAAGGGAAAACCAUGUGUUAUUUGAAAACCUAAUUUCUGUCAUCGUGUUAUUUUAGAUACUAGUAACUGAAAGGAAGCUUCAGCCUUUAGUGUCUCAUGUUGUGUUUUUCAACCAGUGUUUUCCUUUCAGGUGAAUUCAGUUACACAGUUAACAAAACUUUUUAAAUGGCACCUUACUUUUUUGGAAGAAAAAAAUCUUCUUUUUAAACAUAUAUAUAAAUAUAAAACACCCAAAGCUGCUCUUGAUAAUAGUUAAUGUUUGCCUAAAUGGAAAAUUGUAUAUCUUUUCUCCCAAGCUAUAUUUAAUAAAGUUAUUUUAAUGUUUACUGUAAAUAUUUAAUGUAUAAUUGUGGUCUGAAUUGUGAAAGUUUAAUUCAUUAUAAAUCUUUGAGUCAGAAUAAUAAAUACUGCAUACCCACUAAAUUGGGAUCAGUGUCAAUUAAGUUCAACUAACCUAACUUUUGGAAUAAUAAAACAUGACAUUUAUAUAAAUAAUGUAUAUUGGCAUUUAUUUGUGAGGUUUUGUAUAUGCAAAGAUUUUUCUUCCUCUUAAAAAUAAUUUUGUUUUUGCCAUAUGUAAGGAAUUUUGUGUUUCACAUUGUUGAUAGUAUGAAAAAUACUCUGUAUUGAUCUGAUACUUUAUUGAUCUCGAUAAGAAGUGCAAGAUUAUUUUUUAUUCCUUGCCAUGAUCUUUUGGGUUGUAUUUAAGACCCAUUUAUAAUUAGUGUUUUCUGCCAAAGGAAUUGUCUUAACUUUAGAUUUCUAUAUAUUGGGUUCAUAUUUACUGUUUUAUAUCAAAAAUUAAAAAAUAGUUUCUCUUUUUUCACUUAUAAUCUUGGUACAUGGAAAGAAUGCCUGGGUGUUAAAAUAUAACAUAUAUAUUUUAACAAAUAUAUAAGAACAUUUAUUCUUACAGCUUGAAAAACAUGCAGACAACCAACAUUGUCUUAAAAAUUUGGUAAUUUGUUUAUAAAAUUACUGGAACAGUAAGUACAGUAUUUAUCAUUUAGGAUUUGAAAUUAUUUGCAUCUUAAGAUAUUUGAAGUAGUUGAUAUUGGACCAUAUAACAAAUUUUACAUUUUGAAGAUUAUUAUAAAGUUUCACCUUCCAAAUUUAGAAAAUUGACUGUAAAUGUUUAAAAAAGUGACUUAGAGAUUUUUAAGAGAAUUUUUCUUGGUAAAACCUAGAAAUUUCAAGGUUCCUGAUUUCUAGGAGAGGUUUUAUGAUUUGUCAUUGACAUUGAGAAAGCCCGAAGUUAUUUCUGUAGAUAAUAAAUUAUAAAUAAAAAAGUA